AAGAGGAAUAUCUACGAAAAUAUUAAAUGCACAGAAUUUGCAAAUACAUACUCGUAUAUGUACUGCAUUAUUGGGAAAUUAAUUCGUCAUCUAAUAGACCAGUGAGUUUAUUAGAUCUAGCAUGUAUAACAUAAGAACUGAUGAAUACAUUUUGAUGAUCUAUGAAUUGUUGGAUUUCUCUUCACUCCGAAUAGCAAAAUAACUAUUGAAAUAUCAAAAAAUAUAACUCAAAGAGUCUUAAAUAAGAGAUGAAAAUUAUAGCUCAAUAAUUGAAUCCAAAAUGACGCUAAAGUGCAUUAUUAACAUUUCCCAUUUAUUUAAAAUGAAGUAGGUCUUGAAAAAGAAAGUAAAAAUUAAUUACGUUUUGUUUAAAAACUACGGCGAUCUAAAUAGGGGACAAAAGCUAGUUUAUAAUAUUUACGAUGCUUAUUUUAUCAAAUCAACAAAACUAGACUUAAUUCAAUUCACAAUUAAUUCAAAACAUUAAUUGAUGAUGCGUUUUUGUCGGCACAAAUAGUUCGAAUUAUAAAACAUAAUACAUAUUACCGCAUUUGUUCCGAGGAAAACUGAUGAUAACAGUAUAUUCAACGCAAUAGUCUGACAAAUAUCAUUUCCUGCAUUUAUUUAUAACAAUUCCGUCACUUGUUUUGUUAUUAUUCGUUGGUUUUCGAUGUUGUGUUUAACUAAUUUUUCCAUGUCUGUUCUGUUGUCUCGUAGAAUGUACUCGUAUAUCACUAUUUGUUGUAAAACCACACUUCUUCCACAUCAAACACUUUACACCAACACAAACAGAUUUACAAUCGUGUAAUUCCUCUCUCUUUAUCUCUUUGUCGUUGUUUUUCAUUCAAUUAUUCUAAUUCUGAUCCGUAGUCGUAGAGAGCAUGAUUGUCGGCUGUUGCUUGAGAUAAGUGCUGCUUUGCUGCUGCUCUCUCACCACCACCGCCACCACACAGCGCUCGCCUUCAUCAACAUCUCACCGCUCAAGACCACGCGCCACCGCCCCCGCCUGAAUCAUGCUGGAGACGAGGUCGAUGCGCGGCACGCCGGAGCCGACGACGUGGCAGAGCGGCGGCAAGGGCACCGGCACCAACAGCUACGCCAUCAAGCCGCCACCGCACCAGAUGCCAAUGGCGACGCCGGUGCGACACGGCAAAGCAAGUCAGGAUGACGUAUGCUACGUUGUCGCCAAGUACGACUACACCGGGCAAGGUGGUCAGGAGUUGGAUUUGCGCAAAAACGAGCGUUAUCUACUCCUAGACGAUACCAAACAUUGGUGGCGCGUGCAGAACACCAACAAGCAGAGCGGAUACGUACCGAGUAACUAUGUCAAGAAAGAGAAACCGUCACUGUUUGAUAGCAUAAAGAAAAAGGUGAAAAAAGGUUCGGGGUCGAAAACCCUCCCGUCGAACAACUCACCUUCACGCACAGUCGAAUCGCCCAACAUGGCGCGCCGUCUACCCGCCGAUCCCAGUGAACCUAUUGGUUGUGCUAUUGUUAAGUAUAACUACCAGGCACAGCAACAGGAUGAGCUGUCACUCAUCAAAGGGUCGAAGAUUUUAAUCCUCGAGAAGAGUAACGACGGUUGGUGGCGAGGUCAAAGCGGACAAGUUUCUGGUUGGUUUCCGUCGAAUUAUACACAGGAGGACGGCAAUGAUGAUGAUACGCUGCACACGUACGCAAUGGCCGAAAAUGUGCUGGAUAUUGUUGUUGCGCUGUACGCGUUUAGUUCAACCAGCGAUCAGGAGCUGUCAUUUGAGAAAUUUGACAGACUUGAGAUUCUCGACCGGCCCGCCAGUGACCCCGAGUGGUACAAGGCGCGUAAUUCCGCCGGUCAAGUUGGGUUAGUGCCACGUAAUUACCUGCAGGAGCUCUCCGAGUACCUCAUCAGCAGUCAGCAGGGCGGCGGGCCGCCGCCACCGCCACAAUAUAACAAUGAAACCGAUCGACCGCAUCUGAUCAAUCGGCCGUGGUAUUAUGGAUCGAUUUCGCGCAGUCAGUGCGAUAAUUUACUCAAUCAACAUGGACAUGAUGGUGAUUUUCUUAUUCGCGAUAGUGAAACAAAUAUGGGUGAUUAUUCCGUGUCUCUAAAAGCGCCCGGACGCAACAAACACUUUCGGGUGCACGUCGAAGGUGCGCUCUAUUGUAUCGGCCAGCGAAAGUUUCACACACUGGAUCAACUCGUCGAUCACUACCAGCGCGCGCCGAUCUACACGAACAAACAGGGCGAGAAGCUGUACCUGGUGCGACCUCUACCGAAACCCGUCAACGGAUAACACGCGCACGGUUAGGUGAGUCUCUGCCCGAAGAAUUCCGCAUUGUGACACACGCGCCUGCGCCACUCGAAAACCGGAAAAACCAAUGAAUACUGCCCGCGUUUGGUUUGUUUGUACAAAGAUUUCUACGAUAAUUAUAUAUGAUUUGAAUUUCGCAGAUUUUGCUGCUGAGAGUGACAUUUGCGAGACGCGGAUGCGCGCGCACAUCCAGCCAUAUUAAGUUAUAUGCCCUAAGAUGUAUUGACUUGUGUUUAGGACGUAAUCUUCAUUUUUUUUUUGUUUAUUGUGUUCCUCUCAUGGACAGUUGCCGAGUUAUUUUUUCGUUUUCAUUUGUUUUGACGUGAUAAACAAAUAUUACCUACAAGCAUAUAGUAAUUGCAGAUAAUCGAUAAGCGUAUUGAUUAAGACAAGACAAAAAAAAAUAGCAAAAUGUGUAAUAUAUUAUGGAUAAUAUUGCUACUCUAAAAGUAAUUUCAAUGUCACCGAAUGUCCGUGUAAAUUGUACUCUAUACUAUAUAGCAGCAUGAUGAAAAAAUGAAAAACACUUAUAAAAUAACUAUAAUCGGCGCCAUAUUGUCAUAAAGUAAAAGAUGGAAAUAUUUAUUUGCGCGUAUUGACAUUGACAUUUGACAGAAACAUUCUCAUAUCAAAGCAUCAUCACAAAAAACGACAUGAAUCACUCACAAUCGUCUUUAUUUACAUUAUGCAAUAUUUGAUAAGUUGAUAAGUUUAUAUUGAAAGAGAAUGUUUUAUACUGGUACGUACGUGUGUGUAAGCAUUUUUGAUAGAAUUAUGACACGGAAACAAUGAUCUGAACGCCCAAACAACACGUGAACAAAUGAAUAUAAUUUAUUUACGCUAUUUAUUAAGGUUUGAGUUUUGUUUUGAAUUGACUAUGUAUAUUUUCUUCUUCGUUUGACAUCAUUUGAGCAUAAUGUACCUCUACAUAUGUAUUUAGAAAAUUGUUCUAUUGCAUAAGAUGAUUGCGAAACAAAUCGAUAGGUAAACAAAGAAUGUGAAUGAUGGAAGAAGGCAGAUGAUGAUGAUUGAUAAAACAAACUUAUUAUAAGUUGGACUAGUCUAAUACCUCUUUAAUAGAAUUUGCAUUUUAAAACGUAGAA